AUGUCCAGGGCUUUAUCGGUCGGAUGUGCAGCGCUGGCCGCUGGCUGAUGGAUCCGGCGGGGCAAACAGCUGCGAUGACAGGCGGGAUCGAUUUGUUGAGGAGCGACUUCAAAAUUACUUGGUUAAUUCCUCAAAGCGCAACGCUUGAGGAAACCGUAUAUAAACAGUGAGAUGUUGCGGGGUUGAUGCAUAGGACCACUUGAUGUGAUCUUAAAUCGCAGCUUCGUGAUAAAGCGCGUGAUUAUAGGGGCUGAAAAUGACAGGAAAUAAACUCCUAAUAGCCUGUAGACAGUCGCGCGACGGAAUGGAGCACGGGUCAGGUAGGGGACAUGCAAUCAAUUAAGCAACCUGUAAUUGAUGGUCCACAUGACAGUCUUUACCCAGACCCAGCCAUCAUCAUCACCAUCAUCAUCAUCACCAUCACGCAUGUCCGUGGCUCUGCCUCUGCACGAACGAUGAUAGAGCCGGGGAGAGAGAGUGAGUGAGAGAGAGAGAGAGAGAGAGAGAGAGAUGAUGUGCCAGUCCUUGAACCUCAAACCUCCCACAGCAGGCAGGCAGCCUGAGGGGGAUCUGGAUCCACUCCUGCUGCACAUCCCGCUGUCUGAUAAGCAUCUCUCUUAUUCCACCCUCUCUGGGAGCUGCUUUCACCUCAAGGAGGAGCGCCUCUCUGCCGCCCCCUGCUGACCAUGCAGAGCGUGUGCGCGGUGGUCGUGGCCCUUGCCGCUGCAGCCCUCAGCUCGGCAGACUCGGACACGCACAGGCCGAGGCACGACUCCAACCUGGAGAUCUACAAGCGACUGUUUGAGACCAAGAGGAAAGAUCAGCUGAACGCGCUCAAGAAUCUGGUAGAGCUGAACGACAUCAACCAGCAGUACAAGAUCAUAGACAUCAUGCUCAAAGGACUCUUCAAGGUGUUGGAGGACUCGAGACAAGUCCUGGUUGCGGCCAACAUGCAGCCCGACGACCCCUUCCCCAUGGACGAUAAGAUCAAAGAAGCUUAUUCCCACGUGGUGGAGAAUACAGCAUUUUUUGGAGACGUGGCGUUGCGUUUUCCCCGCAUUGUCCACCACUACUACGACCGGAAUGCCGACUGGGGUGGUCUGCUGCGCUGGGGGCUGAAUUUCUGCAACCAGACGGGGGUAUUUACAGGAGGAGCCCACCAACAUGUCCUCACACUUAUGUCACAGGAGCUGGGAAUAACGGAGAAAUCCCCAGACUUUAUAAACCCCUACCGCACAGAAAGAGACGACGUGCUUCACACCGCAGAGGCUUUCCAGAAGAUCCUGAGGGAGGAGGAGAAGAGGAGGAGGAAGGAAGAGAAGAGGAAAGAAAUCAGGAAAGGCCCUCGCAUCUCCCGCUCCCGCACCGAGCUAUAGCGCUGCACCUCGGCGCUUGUGCAGAGCAGAGAAGGAGAGGAAGGAGCAUACGCACAGUCCACAAGGGGUGGCUUGACUUGUAGACUCAGACGACGGUGAAGGAAGUAAAAGCUGCCUUCACUUGUACAAAAGCCAGGUGCUCUGUUGAAAAGAAGAAAGGAAACCUCAAUGUGACACAACAAAGUAAAAUGGAGGUGGAGGUUAGUCUGAUAAAGGCCUCAAUUGCUGUACUCUCCUGGUGAUUUAUAAUUUGAAAAUCUAACGUUGUAUUGGGGGUAAAAGAUGUCUCUGGAAUAGGAGUUGAUAAGGGAAAUUCAUUUUUUGAUAACUUGAUUACAUAACUGUACUUUGGUAAUAUAAGUAAUUGUAGUAUAAUAAAUUUGCUUCAGAACUUUGCAAAACCCUACUGUAUUGUGUCUGGUCUAGAUUUAAUGUGUCCAAAGCCCAAAAUGCUUCAAAUAUCAUGUGGUUGCCAAAUAUAAAUUUGAUCUCACCUCAUUAAAAUGUGGCCUGUUUCUGCUUAGGUUAAGGUUGAUAUAAUGAUGGAAUAGAGUUUUAAUUCAUUUUCUUUGAUGUUUUUUUCCCCUUGCACUGAGACUUGUUAGAGAGAUUUCUAGAGGGAUGCUUGUGAAUGGGCAGAUUUCUGUUCUUAUUGCUGCUUGAAGUAGUAAGGACAUCUCUUACACACUACCAGUCAACAGUUUUAGAACGCCCCCAUUUUGCAGCUUUUAUUUAAAUUGAAUCAGUUCAAGUCCAGUGGAUAUCUUUAAACGAUACAGAGGUCAGCUGUAAACUGCCUAAGGUAAUAAAAUAAAAAGAAAAGGUUCUCUGAAAACUCAUGUAAAUUUGAUAGAAAACAGGCCUUUUUCAGGGAUUAAGAAACUGAUUAACUUACAGCUUUCCUGUAACAAUGGAAGUAAAUGAAGCCUUUAAGGUUAAUGCAAACAAUUCCUACAGGUGUCCAAACUUUUGUUGAUGACUUACAAACCCUCUGCCUGUACAAAGGCAGUGUAGGAACAAACUGUGUUACUACACCGACCGAUGCAUUAUUAGGACGACACUGUGCUGCAGGAAGUAGGACUGUAUGUUGCUAUCAGAAUGCUGAGAAAAAGCCCAGUAACAAAGAAGAGAGACUGGUUGGUCAGAUAAUGACCCAAAACAUUAGAAGAAGAGAACUAGACGGUGGCUUCACAUGAUGAAGACCAGUAUGGUCCUCAGGCUUAAACCCCAUGGAGCUGGUUUAGGAUGGACUGGACAGGAGGUGAAAGCAAAGCAAACUACAAGUGCAAUACAUUCGUGGAAACAGUGUUGGGACGAACAUUGUUUUAUUUCCAUUGUAGAAAGAAGGUCACGUGUGUGUUCGGCUGCUGAAUGAGUCAGUCAUUUGUUCUGUGCUUUAAUUUCAUUAAGAAGUGGAAAAAUGGAGGUGUGCUAAAACUUUGGACCGGUGGAGUGUUUUGUUUGAAGGACAGUAACGUGUAACAUUACCAUUGGUUUGUUUUUUUUAAAGUGUGUUUGAAUAUUUAUUUUAUCACCAUCUGAGGGGAUCAAUAGUUUUAGUUUUACUCAUUUGGCGGAUUUGUUUAUACCAUCAGCCCUUCUUUUCAGACCAACCUCUGUAGUCGUUUCACUUAAAUGAUCCCGAAUCAACAGGAAUUGUUUUAGAUCUGUCAUCCAGUGAUACAGCAUGUGACUCUUCAUCUCACAGCCCUGCACCUGUUUCUUUGUUACACAUUUUCCUUUUACCUUUGCUGGAAAUUGACAUUUUAAUGGUUUAGACCUAUGGACUCGAGAUUGAUGUAAUUUUAAAAUAGUAUUACGACUGUUAUAAAAUAAAAACAAAAAAAAAACAAACUAUAUGUAUAUUCAGAGAAAGAAUAUCAUUGCUGCAGAAUGAACAAGCCAUUUUGUUAUCAGAUUUAAUGAAAUAA